ACUUCUUCCGGACCCGUCCAUCUCCGCAGGCCGGCGCGGAGGAGAUGUCAUAGCUGUUGCUCAUACAGCCUGACAAGCUUUGCUUUGUUUGUUUUGCGCCUAUAUAACUACUUCUUUUUCCAGUUCUUUUUUCUUUGGCUCUUAUAUACAAUCUCAAUGAUUCCUUACCUUUGAGUUUGAUCCCUCAAUUUCCACUUGUUUCCUCGCAUCAUUCACUACCCCGCGGAAGCCAAGACAGUGAAUUUAAUCAUUUUCACGACGACAACGCGAUACCUUAUUUUGGGGAAACCUCUGUAUGAGGUGAAACUAUCAAGAUGGCGAUGAGAGCUAGGCAAAAGAUCAGAGCUCCGCGAAAGACUCUAGGUAACAGAAAUGAUGACUUCGACGCAAUCUGGAACGUUCUUUCAUCUGCGCUUCAUGAAAUACACACGAAAAACGCAUCCACUCUUUCAUUCGAAGAACUUUAUCGCAACGCGUACAAGAUCGUCUUAAUGACAAAGGGCGACAAUUUAUAUAGCAACGUCAGAGAUCUCGAGCAGGAAUGGCUAAGUGGGCAUGUCUGUCAGAACAUCCUAUCUUCGGUAUCCCAAGUUCUGCUUCAAGACAUGGAUCCGGAAGACAUUACCGACCAGGCAAACGAGCGCAGAGCUGCGGGUGAAAAAUUAUUGAAAGCGAUCAAGGAAGCUUGGGAAGACCACCAAUUAUGUAUGGGCAUGAUAACUGACGUGCUGAUGUACAUGGACCGAACAACGAGUAAUGACCAAAAACCCUCAAUUUAUACCCUCGCCAUGUGCCUAUUUCGUGAUUAUGUCCUUCGUGCUGCAAUUCCCAAUACUGAGAAAACCAUAUACGACAUAUUCGAAUCUACUGUUCUUUUCAUGGUUCAGUUAGAAAGGACAGGGGAAAUUAUUGACAGACAAUUGAUUCGACAUUGCAUUUAUAUGCUGGAGGGGCUAUAUGAGACGUAUUCAGAGGAGGAAGCGUCCAAGCUGUAUUUGACAGUGUUUGAGCCAGCUUUUCUAAAAAUCAGCAAGACAUUCUACCAAGCUGAAGGACGCCGGCUCCUGGAAACCGCUGAUGCCGCUACAUUCUGUCACGUCAGCUCAGCCCGACUUGCCGAGGAAGAGGAACGCUGCAAUGCUACACUCUCCAAAUUCUCAGAGCAAAAGGUCAAGGCGGUGAUCGACGAAGAAUUGAUCAGGAAGAACAUAACUGACAUCAUCAAUUUAGAAGGUAGCGGCGUAAGGUAUAUGCUGGAUCACAAUAGAGUGGACGAUCUCAGCAACGUAUACGAACUAAAUACCCGGAUCGAUUUGAAAAAGGAUGCAUUGACACAGGCAGUGCAGAAACGAAUAGUGCAACUAGGCGAUGAAAUUAAUGCAGCUGCACAGGCAUUCGCCACAGCACCGCCGCCAAAACUAGAAGAUCGGGGUGCUGCUGACAAUAAGGAGCCAAAGGAAAAGCCCUCAGCGUCACCAGCAAACCAGCAAACAGCUGCUGCGAUUAAAUGGGUUGAUGACAUUCUUAACCUGAAGAAGAAAUUUGACGCCAUUUGGGAACGGGCUUUUUUCUCAGACCAGGGCAUGCAUACUUCCUUUACCAAUAGUUUCUCCGACUUUAUAAACUCAAAUUCGCGCAGCUCCGAAUUUCUAUCACUUUUUUUCGAUGAGAACCUCAAGAAGGGCAUCAAAGGGAAAACAGACGCUGAAGUCGACAGCCUGUUGGACAAUGGAAUUACGCUUUUGCGGUACAUCCGUGACAAGGAUCUUUUCGAGACAUAUUACAAGAAACACCUCUCUCGACGGUUACUCAUGAAGAGAUCUGCCAGCAUGGAUGUUGAACGACAAAUGAUCUCGAAGAUGAAGAUGGAGGUUGGCAACCAGUUCACGCAGCGUCUCGAAUCGAUGUUCAAGGAUAUAUCAGUAUCAGACGACUUGACAAACAGUUACAAGACGCAUAUAACUCGUCUAGGCGCUGACUCGAAACGCAUAGAACUGGAAAUCAGCGUUCUCACAAGCACCAUGUGGCCUAUGGAAGCCAUGUCAAAUUCCAAGGACGGCACAGCUCAAUUACCCUGCAUAUUCCCCAGGGAGGUAGAAUCGGUUCGACAGAGCUUUGAAAAGUUUUAUCUCAACAAACAUAGCGGCAGAAAGCUGUCUUGGCAGUCUUCGAUGGGUACAGCGGAUAUACGCGCCACAUUCCCGCGGCCAGAUGGGAAAUUCGCGAGACAUGAGCUGAACGUGUCUACUUAUGCCAUGGUCAUUUUACUUCUCUUCAACGAUCUCCCGCUCGACGAGUCUCUGACCUAUGAGGAAAUACAAGCCCGCACUCGUAUACCUGACCACGACUUGAUUCGCAACCUACAGUCUCUAGCUGUUGCACCCAAGACUCGAGUGCUGAAAAAGGAGCCAAUGAGCAAAGACGUGAAACCCACGGACAAAUUCUUUUACAACACCGGCUUCAAAAGUCAAUUCACAAAGGUCCGCAUUGGCGUCGUUAGCAGCAGCGGCAAUAAGGUAGAGAGUCAGACCGAACGCAAAGAAACGGAGAAGAAGAUGAGCGAAGAGCGCGGUGGUAGCAUCGAGGCUGCCGUAGUGCGAAUCAUGAAACAACGCAAAAAGCUCGCCCAUUCCCAACUCAUCACCGAAGUUCUAGGCCAACUAGCCACCCGAUUUGUCCCCGAUGUCAACAUGAUCAAGAAGCGCAUAGAGAGUCUUAUUGACCGCGAGUAUCUCGAGCGUAUACCCGAUUCUGAGCCCCCAGCAUACGGUUACGUUGCUUAACAGCUUGUCACCAUAUAGCUGAUUCCCAAUUUUAACGGGGCUUAACUAACCUAAUGUUCUGCUUUCAACCUCAUGUUUACUUUUGGCGUUAAUAUUUUUGCCUGGCAGGGCGGCGUGGGCGUUGGGGGGUUUCUCAUGUAUGAUGUAUACCUACAAGUUUUUCAAGCGAACAGGCCAUAUCCGGCGCAAUUUCUUGGGUCAUCGCUCUAUUUUUACAGCGGAAUGAAUUGAAAUAGUUGGCUUUUACCAUGAUUAGAGUCACAAAAUUAAUA